UCCCCAAAUCAGAACACGGUUGAAUAGGAAAGAAAUUAUAUUCCAAAUAACAAGAGUAGAUGGAAUUUUUACUUGAGAAGAUCCUAGAGUCUUAUUCAAGUAUCGACUAGCGCUGACUGGAUAAGAAUGAGCCAAUCAGCGUGCACCAACGCAAUCGUGCAUGGAACCGAAGUAGGUAAGGUGGAGUUCAGACCUUAGGUUUAGUGCUUGAAAAUGGAGCUCUAUUAAAAUCUGUCAGGAAUAUCACUCAGAUAGUUAAUAGUUAGCUGGACUGCUGUGGAAUUAGUUAGUUAAGUGUUCUACUCGGGUUGAGUAACCAGAACUAGACAGUUAAACUAAUAAAUGACUGCCGUGUAGUUGCUCACUACGGGCCUUUACUUUAGAAAUGACAAAGUGAAAUUAGAUAUAAUUUUGAGUCUGAACGUAAUUUCAUUAGACUGAUGUGUCGACCUCUGAUCACUUCAGUUUCUACGAGGAAACCCCCUUGCGGCCUUUGUAGAAGAUUCAACUUCACUAACAAGAUCUCAAGGUCUUCCGAUAAUAAUUCAAUGCUUAACGGAUGCUCAGUUAAAACAAAUCGUAGAAAAACACAUUUCGAAUUUCUAAUCUUAAUAACCGAAAUUGCUUCUCUUCCCCUUAUGCUUCAAUACUGAAAUAAUUGAAUAAAAAAUAAAACAUCUUAGUAGCCUAUGUCGACUGUUUAUAUCCACUGGUUUUGGUUUCGUUAAUAGUUUUUUUCCACUUAUCUGAAAUAAAUAUAGUGACCUGAAACUGCUACGUAAUUUGACUUGAUGUUUAACUCUCGUUUUUUGUUACUUUUCGCUAAUCAUUCUUCUCACCUAUCGUGGACUUCAAUGUCGUCAAAUGUAUUUAUCUACUUUUUAUUAUUUUUAGCUCCCAACUUGGAUGGCAGAUAGACUUACUGAGCUACAAGACGCGAUUAAUUUACAAGCUGAAAAUUUGUGCAACGCAAUCGGUGUAAUACAACAAGUCGCUCAACCCAGUUUCUUUUCCGACUUUAAUUGGGCUUCUAGGUCUGCUAAACCAGAAUACCAGGCAUUUAUCCAAGCUCAACCAACUGACGAUAUUGCUCGGAGUUUUGCUGUUGCGAUUUCUGCUACCGCAAAGCAACUGGAUGCAUUGAUUGGAGCUCUGCCUGAAGAAGAAGCCAGUGCAGACAUUCAACGUGCUACUGUUCACAAACUUUUAGAAGCUUACAGAUCUGAAGGAGCGAAACUUGCGCGUAUCACAACUAAACUUGAGUCAAGGUUGGCUGAAAAUCAGAGGUGUAUAGAGAAUUUUAUGGAAGCUAAUCCUAACCUGUCGUUAAACAACGACUCAAGUUAUGAGGCUCCUGACUACAUAUAUUCAUCAUCACCACCACCAUCGUCUAUUUCCUGGCUCACUUAUUUAACUAUCAUAUUCCUUUUUAUUCUAUUCUUUCGACUAUGCUUUACAUUCGGUAUUGUGGAUAGAUUACAUGCUCUUGUUAAUUUUAUUUUGGCAAUAUCCACACCAUCUGGUCGUAAACGUCGAGCUCUACGCGCUAAGUGUGUUGAAGAUCUAGGAAACUUACGAACUCAAUUGAAAAGCGUACAUAUGGUGGAUGAGUUUGCUACUUAUUCGAAACUAGAACGAAAGAUAAAAUUAUUGGAACGUCAGUUGGACUCCUUGGCCCCUGAAACUCUUGUUGGAUCAAUGGUUCGUCAAGUCGGUAUCUACAUUGGAUUAUAUGCAAUCGAAGCAAUAUUUAUGGCUUAUCUGAUUUCACAUUCUCCAAUUGAGACAAUUUCACCGGCAACACUACAAUCUCUCAUGAUAACUAAUCAUUCAAUGAAAGAUAUCACUAUUUUUAUCUGUCAAGUAAUAUCAUAUAUACCUGUAAAAAUUUUAGUGAUAUGUUGGAUUAUUUUAUGUCGGUUAACUAUUGGACCAGCAGUAUCUAAAUUAGGAAAUAAAUUACAACAACAACAGCAAUCUCAAAAUCAACACUCAAAUGUUGAGUCCACUAAUAAUAUGGCAACUACUGUAUCCACUACUAAUUAUUCUGUGCCCAAUACAUCAUCCUGA